AUGAAUGCGAUCCCUGAAAUGCGGCCCUCCGUGGUCUUUCGACUUCGCGGACUCCCAGCCACCAUUGGGAAUGCCUCGGGUGUGGCCAGCCUCGUGUCCGAAAGGCUUGGUGACGUUACCACGGAGAGUGUCCGGGUCUUUUCUAUAGCUCGCACCUUAGCCCAUUGGGAAAAUCCACCAUCUAAAGUGGCGACUCUAACGUUUAUGACCACACCUUCACUUGUCCGCGACGACCUUGGCAAAAAUGAAUGGUCCAUUCCAGGCAAAACAGAUUGCAGUGAUGAACUCAUCUUAGAUCUUCAUUUCAUGGGUAUGACGCCUCUCAAUGACGUCGACUCCGUCCCCCAUGCGUAUGAUUGUAUUGCCAUCUCGGGUCUUGCCAGUCACCCUUUUGGCUCAUGGCAGCCAAGAGGAGAUGAUAAAUCGUUCAUGUGGAUUCGCGACGAACUACCAAGGCAGCUACAGGGUUGCAGAACAGUAAUCUAUGGCUACGAUACAAGACUCAAUGACAGCAACUCCUUUCAAAAUAUCCCGGAUCUAGCUAAACAGCUCAUCAGCCACUUGCAGGCCUACGGUUGGGCCUUGCCAUCCGCCAGACCCAUCGCAUUCCUUGCACAUAGCCUUGGGGGAAUUGUUCUAAAACAAGCGCUAGUCCAGCUUGCGGACAGCUCGGAUGAGGAGUACAAGAGUCUCAUGCGCAUCCUGCAUGGAGUGGUGUUCUUUGGCGUUCCAAACCUGGGUAUGCAGCAGGAACAUUUUCGCACAAUCGCCCAGAAUAAUGCCAACGCGGCAUUAGUUGAUGACCUGGCCCGGAAUUCAAGUUACCUUCGCCAGCUUGAUACCGAUUUCUCUGAAGGUUCAUUCAGUAAACGCAUAACGUGUUUCUGGGCGUAUGAAACAGUCGAGUCUCCUAUUGUCCUUAGAACUAUGAAUGGCAAAAUAAGUCGGGAUGGACCUCCAGCCAUUCUAGUAAGUCGAGAGUCGGCAACCCGCAGGCUGAUAGAGUGCAACUCAAUCGCCACCUUUCCUAUCAAUUAUACCCACUCCGACAUGGUAAAAUUCACUCGAAGCUCUCACUACAUCGACAUAGUGCGCUCUAAACUGGUUACUAUCUUAUCACCAAGAUGUGAAUCUGAAUCUGGCACCACCAAUGGAGAUUCUCAGGACGAUGGCCAACCGACCACCAUUGGUCGUGAGCAUAACUAUACUCUCACUGCACCGCAUCCACCGAGCACGCUUUUAUCAAAGUGCGACAACUCGCAAGGCUUGCAGAAAAGCAGCUUGACAGCCGAAUUGAACGCAUUUACGCGCCUUUCUGGCCUCGAGUGGGAUGAUAGCAUUGAUUUUGAAGCGGUUCGAAAACUCAUUAGUGAGCUGCAAUCGGAACAAGAACGAAAUGAUAACUUGAUGUACCUGAAAAGGCUUGAGCCUUUUCUAAUAGAAAUGCAGCAAUUUGAAAAAGUUGCCUCAGCUGUCGAUGUGUUCUCAAGUCUCAGGAACAUCAUGGCAUAUGUAUGGGGCCCACUUCAGUAUGCUCUUCGCGUGACAUCCGCGCUUCCCAAUGCGCUAAACUCGAUAUUGGAUGCAUAUCACGAGCUUGGAGAGCAAUUGCCUCACCUCCAGGCUUCUCAAUCGCGUUUCGCCUCCAGCCCUUAUUUGAAGGAGGUCUUGGUGAUGAUUUACAAAGACAUCAUGUGGUUCCACACAGAAGUCAUCCUGCGAAUUAAACACCGUCAAUGGGCACAGCUCUUUGGUGCUUCAUGGAGAGACUUUCAGGUUAUUAUAGAACACAUCACAGGAACUAUUGGGAGCAACAGACGAUUACUUGAGGGCAGAGUUUCGAGGUUAGAGUUCGAGCAGAUGCUGAACCUGAGAGUCAGCUCAAAGUACGAGUUCAACAAGAUUCAGAAAACCCAGAUUGCCGAUCGUCGAGUCCAGGUUAUGCAAUGGCUCUCCCCUUUUGACUGCGAUGCGGAACAGGAUCGAUACCGCCGCACAAGGUCAAUCUGUAAAGACCCAGGUCGCUGGCUCAUCGAAGAUGAUCGGUUUCAGGAUUGGUUUCGGCCUCAUGGUUCUUCAACUCCAUUGCUCUGGCUGUCUGGCAUUCCAGGGGCAGGGAAGACUAUUCUUGCCUCAGUAGUUAUUGAUGCAGCACGAAAUAUUCCAGGCGCUAAUGUUCUGUUUUUCUAUUGCAGAGAAGCACUCCUUUCAUCAAUCGAGGUUGCUCAGGACAUGAUUAAAAUAGCCCUCAGCAGCUACGAUAUGUUAUAUCUUGUCGUCGAUGGACUUGAUGAAUGCAAGCGUGAGGACAGGAAAGACAUUGCCAGCUUGUUCCAGGAUUUAGUCGAAGAGCUAACGGCAACGGAUACGGGAUCCAUAAGGUGCUUGUUCGUCAGUCAAGAAGAUGGUGCAGCUCUUCAUGAUUUUCGCAGUAUUCCUUCAAUCAAAAUUACCCAUGAAAACAAGGAAGAUAUCAAGAGCUUUGCGGACGAAUGGCACCAAGUCAUAGAAAGGAAAUUUGGCAGUUUGGCACCAAGAAACCACCAUAUUUCGGAAAUCAUCUGUGCACGAGCGCAAGGGAUGUUUAUUUUCGCCGAGAUGUUUGCCAAGUACCUCGAGAAUCAGCAGAAUGUGGAGGACCUCCUGGAGGAACUGGAGCCGCAUAAAUUACCAGUUACAUUAGAGCACGUAUAUGAACGUAUCAUUUCCAGAAUCUGCGAAUCUCAAGGCGGUCAGAUUGCGAAUACUGUCCAGAAAGUUCUAGGAUGGAUUGUCUGUGCUCAACGCCCACUCCGGUGGUACGAGAUACAGGGAGCACUCUGCAUCGAUACUGAAAGUCAACACAUCAACCAUGACAGAGAGAUUGCAGACUCCCCAAAGGGUCUCUUCGCUUCCCUUGUCGAGGUGCGGGGAGAUGGGGCCGCGGAGUUGGUGCACGGUUCCGCACGAGAAUUCUUGAUCAAGAAGAACAUCAUCGAGACCCAAGACGCCGAUUACUCGCUGGCUAUGCUGAGCCUCGCGUACCUCACUCUUCCCCAGUUUGAUCAGGAACGAGAUGACGAUGAAGUCAAGUCGGACCUUUUGAGCGGGAUCCACGCCUUCCAUGAUUAUGCGUCGGCCUGCUGGUACAUGCAUCUGCAAAGCUGUUUCCCUAAGCUCAAGCCUGGCGAUGACGACCUUGCUUGCUUGCAAGAAACUUUGGAAGCAUUUAUUGAAUUGCAUUGGUCAUCCAAGCACAAGCCCCUCUCAGAUCUCAAGCGAGUCCAGAAGUCCCUGCGGACCCUGGAAACAUCCAGACUAUACGAGAAGAUCAUACAAGCAGUUGGUUGGGCCAAGAAGCAACAUGGUGCAGAUGGCCAGGGCCCGUGUCUGGAGGAAGCGCUUGAUAUAUCCGAGCACCACAUGAACAAGCACACACGGCCUUAUCAAUGCUCUGUCAUUGGAUGUCACAUGGCCAUCUUUGGCUGCACCACCAUUGAUGAGCUGAACAGACACCUUAUCACCACACACGGAAUAUACAGACCAAACAACGACAAGGACGAGCCUCAGUACCCAGACCCGCCCAAAGAAACACCAACCUCCACGGCUAAAAAGACGGAGAAAAAGUUCCAAUGCGACGAAUGUGAUGUUUCUUUUACAAGGAAACAUAACCUGACAAACCACAAGCGAACUCACGCAGGCGACAAGCCCUACUCGUGCUUUUACUGCGGGAAGAACUUCACGCGCCUGGCCGAUUGUGAUCGCCAUGAGAACACCCAACAUGGGGUCACGCAGUUCAUCUGCAGAGGCCCACUGAAGAGCGGUAGCACUUGGGGAUGCGGUGCGCCCUUCGUCAGGGCGGACAAGCUGGCCGACCACCUACGGACCUCGAAAGGGCAGAAGUGCGUACGACCUCUAGUGCUGGAGAGACUGCAAGAGAGUGGCGGUGGUGGGGGCAGUGAUGGGGUCAAUGCUGAUGACGAUGACGAAAUGUUUGCUCACCAGAUUGGAGAGAACGCGGAUGCUCUACUGGCUGCUGGCAAGUUCUUACCCUCAUUCAAAAAGUUCCUCCAAAUCUGUGGGCUUGACUCAUCCAUUAUCGGCGGGGAUUCUGUUUCAAUUUCCAAAGCGACAACGUCGUCGACUGAGGAGGAUCUGAAGACAGACACUUCUUGA